GAAUCGAGAGAAAAAAAGAAGAGGAGAAGAAUUGAACGUAAAUUGGAAAUUCGGAUAAUUUUCUUGUAAUUUUUCACAAAUUAAUCAACUAAUAAUAAAUAUUUACAAAUAAAAUUGUUAUAAAACUAAAAUAUAAUAAUGAUAACAACGAACUCAAAUGAAAACCAAAGAAAUUGCUAAAAAGCUAUUAAUAAAAAAUUGAACUGAGAAAAAAAAUAACCAUUUUGUGUACAUAAAAAUUAAGGUGUAGUGAGAAGAGAAGAAGAAAAACGUACAACAACGUAUCAGAAAAAUUAUAGAUUUUGUGUUAUUAUUACAACAACGACGUACUACAUUUUAUAUAUUUGUAAUAAAAGAAAUUGUGUUGUUUGUUUUUACAAAGUUCAUAAUAAUAAUAGAUAACUAGUUGAAAAGUUUAUAAAAAAACAUUGUUAAUUUUAACAGUUUAUUAAAACGGACAAAUGUUACUUUAAAAAGUCUUGAAGAGGGAAGCAACGAAAAUUGCAUUUUCGAAAGCUUCUGCCUGUUGGGCGAGCUGGUGGUGUUGUGGAUUUGUUGGUUUUCCUGUGGAACAAAAAGACGCAAAGAUAGACGCGGUGUGGGGUUGGGCUUCUGCCCCGCUGCGCUUAGCAGCCAAUAGAAUGGGUGAUCCCCUAUUGCCGGGAGCCAAUGGCGGUACGGGCGCUACAGCUGGCGGUAGUGGUGUGGACAGGCCACAGUCGCCAGCUCGCAUGGCCCAUACCUCUGAUAAGCAUCCCAAAGUUACACUAUCCGAAUUAAAUAUGCUACGACGACAUCGUGAACUCUGCGAUGUGGUACUCAAUGUGGGUGGCCGCAAAAUAUUCGCCCAUCGUGUUAUACUCUCCGCCUGUUCGCCCUACUUUCGCGCCAUGUUCACCGGUGAGCUGGAGGAGUCGCGACAAACUGAGGUCACCAUACGUGACAUCGAUGAGAAUGCCAUGGAACUGUUAAUAGACUUUUGUUAUACCGCUCACAUAGUGGUGGAGGAAUCGAAUGUUCAAACCCUAUUGCCAGCCGCCUGUUUGCUACAGCUAGUAGAGAUCCAGGAUAUAUGUUGUGAGUUUCUUAAGCGUCAAUUGGAUCCUACCAAUUGUUUGGGCAUACGUGCUUUCGCCGAUACUCAUUCGUGUCGUGAGCUGUUGCGUAUAGCGGAUAAAUUCACUCAGCAUAAUUUCCAGGAGGUUAUGGAAAGUGAAGAGUUUCUUUUGUUGCCCGUGGGCCAGUUGGUCGAUAUUAUUUGCAGCGAUGAGCUGAACGUACGUUCAGAGGAGCAGGUUUUUAAUGCCGUUAUGUCGUGGUUGAAAUAUAAUAUAGCUGAUAGGAGACAGCAUUUAGCUCAGGUUUUACAACAUGUCCGUCUUCCACUUUUAUCACCCAAAUUUUUAGUUGGCACCGUCGGCUCUGACCUGCUAGUACGCUCCGAUGAGGCCUGUCGCGAUCUGGUCGAUGAAGCCAAAAACUAUUUACUACUUCCCCAAGAACGUCCCCUUAUGCAGGGACCCCGUACACGUCCACGUAAACCCACGCGCCGUGGUGAAGUUCUGUUUGCUGUUGGCGGUUGGUGUUCCGGCGAUGCCAUUGCCUCCGUCGAACGUUUCGAUCCACAGACAAACGAUUGGAAAAUGGUAGCACCCAUGAGUAAAAGACGCUGCGGUGUUGGUGUGGCCGUACUCAAUGAUUUGCUGUAUGCUGUGGGCGGCCAUGAUGGUCAGAGCUAUUUGAAUAGCAUAGAACGUUAUGAUCCGCAGACAAAUCAGUGGUCUUGUGAUGUGGCACCCACUACCUCAUGUCGCACCAGUGUGGGUGUGGCCGUUUUAGAUGGAUUUCUGUAUGCGGUGGGUGGCCAGGAUGGUGUGCAGUGUCUGAAUCAUGUGGAACGCUAUGAUCCCAAAGAAAAUAAAUGGUCAAAGGUGGCCCCUAUGACUACCAGACGUUUGGGUGUGGCUGUUGCGGUCUUGGGUGGUUAUCUGUAUGCAAUUGGUGGCUCCGAUGGUCAAUGUCCUUUAAAUACUGUGGAACGUUAUGAUCCCAGACAAAACAAAUGGGUGGCUGUUAGUCCCAUGUCCACACGCCGCAAACACUUGGGCUGUGCUGUUUUUAAUAAUUAUAUUUAUGCUGUUGGCGGCCGUGAUGAUUGCAUGGAACUUUCCUCCGCCGAACGUUAUAAUCCUCAUACAAAUACUUGGAGUCCUAUUGUUGCAAUGACAUCGCGACGCAGUGGUGUCGGCUUGGCUGUUGUCAAUGGCCAAUUAUAUGCCGUUGGUGGUUUUGAUGGUUCUGCCUAUUUGAAAACCAUUGAAGUUUAUGAUACUGAAACAAAUCAAUGGCGCCUUUGUGGUUGCAUGAACUACAGACGCUUGGGUGGUGGUGUGGGUGUAAUGAGAGCUCCUCAAACUGAAAAUUAUAUGUGGAUACGUAAAGAUUCGGUUGUUUGAUUGGGAUUGGAUAGUGACUCUAAGAAUCUCUAUAUAACAAAUCUAUAUAAAUAAUUCUUCUUUUUACUAUUAAGAAUUGUUUAUUGCAAAGAAUUUAUUGAAAAAACAAAAAACACAAAAAUUGUAUAAACAAAAGCUAACAAAAGCCCCAUUUAUUAAAAUAUAUAUUGUUGGUAAUCAAGAAAAUUGCAAGAGCAAGCAAAUUAGUAAGAAUAUUAUUAUUAAAACAAAAGAAAAACAAAAUAACGAAUUGUUUGAUAACAAGUUAAUGCACAGCAAUAUUUGAAACCUAAUUAAUCAUGUCUUUAAAAGAAAAAGCCAAAUUUUUAUUCAUUACAAAACGGUUGAGCAUGUCCCGUAAAUUUAAGAUUUCUGCUUAAGUUUAUGGGACAUGCUAACAUUUUAAGUUUUGGUCUAUAAAAUAAAAUUAUUGCACUAAAUGUUGAUAUAUUUAAGUUAUUUAAAAAAAAAAAACAAACAAACAAAAAAUAUAUAUAUUAAAUGUAUCUGAACUGCCUUUUCCUUAUGAAUCUAUAUGAAAUACAUACCUACAUACUAAAUUUAUGAAAAAUAACAAGAAAAACAAACCAUCAUUAAUUUAAUACCUAUAAAAAAAUAAAUAAAAAAAACCCUAUAUUAUUUGUAUGUUUAAGUUAUUGUUUAAAACCUAAUUAUUUAGUUAUACAAAUUAUAUUUAGUAGGUAAUAAGCAUUCAUGAUUUCUUUCAAAAAUGUUUUAUUUUUAAUAUUAUAUACAUAGAUUUUUAUUAAUUGCGAAAUCCUUUUGUUGUUUUUUAAAUAAACAUUUAUGCGUAUUUUAAAAUUUUAGUGUUUUUGUGGUAAAAUAAAAUAAAUAAAGCACUUUAAA